GAACAGGGCACCAAAUGAACGAGGAGUAGAAGGAGUUACACGAAUCACGAAUGGAACAAUUGAAAGUCCUCUGAAAUGGGAGGCGUGGCCUCGUAUCAAUGGGGAGCACUCACUUCUUAAUCUUAUCCCCAUACUCCCUUCAUAAUCUCUUCUUAAACCCUUGUAAAACUCUUCAAAACCCUAAAUUUUCGUCAAAAUUUCGCUGUUCAUCUUCAUCUAGACCUAAUUGGGGCUCCAAUUCUGACGCAUUCAAAAGCCGGCGCUUCGAAUUUGAAGAAGAAUUUGGGAGGAGAAAGAAACGGAGGAAUUGGUGGUCUGACGACGAUGAUGAUGAUGAAGAAGAUGAUGAUGAUAUGGGGUUUGGAUUUUGGGAAGAGCCUUCUACUGCUAUUGACUGGUUUUCCAAGAUAUUCGGAGCCUUUGGUUGGAUGAUUCCAGCUAUUAUGAUAUCAACGCUAUUAGGGACAGGUUCGAAUUCAUUAAUCAUGGCAGUGGUGCUUCCCCUGGGACAAACAGCCCUUUCCUUAGUAAUGGAUAAAUUUUGGGGAGAUCCACCAAGUUCUCGGUUCCGAUCCAGGCCAAGGUCUAAGUCGAGGCCCAGAAGCAGGUCCAGGUCCAGGUCCGCCAGGGCUGCCAAUCCAGUAAAUGGGGGUGCACGAGAGGCCAGGUACCGUCCACGUCCUGCAAGUGGUGGUUAUCAGUCAUGGGGUACUGCAACUAAUUCAUCAGCUAAGAAUGGUGGAAGAAGCGGAUCAAAAUUUGGUGGAUGGGAUGAGCUAGAUCAACAAGUACCGAGCAGUGCCAACUUCACGGAGAGGCAAAGUCAAAAGGUUAAUGUGCUUCAGCAUGGUGGAUACACCGAGACUGGUAAGUUGAGUACAAGGAUAUACAGAGAGAAACCAUUGUUCAUUCGAUUGUUGGUUGCUGUGUUUCCAUUAUUGGGUUCAUGGACCAGGUUCUUUUUCUAAUAUGAAUGUGAAUAAUAAAUAAAAUUAAUCUCCAACAUGAAGAUUUAUAAAAAUUUAUAUUUGUAUAGAUAAUAGAUGUGGUAAAAGUAGCUUCAGAUUACUUAUUCUAAUUGGGUUGUGUCAGACCAUAUUGUAUGCAUGAAUGUCAGAAUUUUCUGGUCUCCGUUA